CUCAUAAAGGUGAAUCAUUAGGCGGUAGAGAUUUCAAAUGGUAAAGUGUUUGAAGAAGGUGUCUCAACUAAAAUCCAAUCAGCGAAAGCAGAAGAAGAAGAUACACCUCUAAAUAUUCACAACUCAAUGUCGCAGGCCAAAACAACGACACCUCCCACUUCAACUCUUGAUGUCAAGACCGGCUCAGACGAAAGCGUGUUCAGUAAUCAAUUAGAGAGAUCAAGCUCUAGCUCAUUAGCAAACCAUUACUCUAUGCUACGGAGUAAUUCCGUGUCACAAGAAGUUCCAAUUGAUAUUGUUCCACUAACGAACAAGUUAUCUGCCUCAUUAUCACCAGUUUUACAACCAGUGAAGAAAGUUCUUAAUUCCAAAGUUGCAGGUACAAGCUCAUCAAGUGAUGGUGUCAUUAAAUCAUUUAUUAAAAAAACAAACAUAAAAUUGGGACUGUAUUCAGACCCCAAAUCAGAACCAACAGAUGGCCCAUUGACUAAAAAUUUUGAUGACAUUGUGAAAUCUCCUUCGAAUUUUCCUAAUUUUAACAGCAGUGAUGAAGAUCUUAACUUGGAUGAGCUGAUUCUUGAAACUGCUGAUAAUACAAAUGAAAUUGUUUUAGAAAGCCCCAAGAUUCCUGAAGUUUUCAUUACAGGAUUACCAUUAUUGAAAAUCACACACAAGAAGAAAGUUCAAAGAGUAUUCACAAUUGACUUGGAUCAUGCCACUGUUGUUUGGAAUAAGAAUAAAACCACCGCAAGAAUGAGUCUUGACAACAUCAAACAGAUCAGAAUUGGUGAAGAUGCUAGAAAUUACAGAGAAGAGUAUAAAGUUUCAAAGGAGUUUACUGAUAGAUGGGCCACUGUGAUUUAUACUGAUCACACCACAAAUAAGUUGAAAGCUUUACAUGUUCUUGCACCAAGCGCUAAAGAUUUAGAAUUGUUUGUUUCAACAUUGACAAAAUUAGUUUCCAGAAGAAGAGAAUUGAUGAGACAUUUAUCAAUACCUGGUGAAAAUUUUGCAAAUAUUCAUUGGAAAAAUUAUGUCUCUAAAGAUAAGAAUGAGAAACAUUUGCUAUCAUUUGAAGAUGUUGUCAAGUUAACAAAGAGGUUACAUAUCAACUGUGAUGAAAGCCAUCUUUACAAUUUAUUCCAUGAACAUGAUAUUGAUAAGAAAGGUGCUCUCAAUUUUGAAGAAUUUCAAAAAUUCGUAAAGAAAUUGAAAUUGAGACCUGAAGUUUUAGAGAUUUUCAACAAAAUUACAAAAAACAAAGAAGUAAUGACAUCAAACCAAUUCUUAAAUUUUGUCAAGCGUACACAAUUGCAAGAUGAUUCUGAACAAUUUAUCAAAAGACUUUUCCAGAAGCUUUCGCAUGACAGUGAUUAUUUGAAGAUUGAUGAUUUCACAAACUACCUUACUUCAUCGUAUCUGUCACCAACAAAACAAAUUUCAGAAGACUUCACAAGACCAUUGAAUGAAUAUUAUAUCUCAUCCUCUCACAACACAUAUUUACUAGGACGUCAAGUUGGUGGAUCAUCUUCGAUCGAAGGAUACACCAAAGCGCUUCAACGUGGUUGUCGUUCCAUUGAGAUCGAUAUUUGGGAUGGCGAUAAAGGUCCAAUAGUGUCUCACGGUCAUACAUUUACUUCAUCAAUUGCAUUGGCUGAUGUAUUGGAGACUAUAAAGAAGUAUGCAUUCAUAAUCACCCCCUUUCCGUUGUUUUUAUCAUUAGAAGUCCAUUGUAAGGCUGAUUAUCAGUUGAAGAUAUUAGAAUUAUUACGUUCAACCUUUGGUGAAAUGUUGGUGACAGAACCUCUAAUGACAAAUACGUUUUUUCUACCAAUGUUGGUGAAAGUUAAAAGGUCAAUGAUUGAUGACAAUUCUGAAAGUGCAUCUACUAGUAGUUCUGUCACAUCUAGUUCAGCUUAUGAAGAUAUAAGUGGUGAAGAAUUAGAGAAGAAACAAAAACCAGCAAAGAAGAAGAAGAAAAAGCAUUACAAGGUGAUUCCAGAGCUAAGUGCAUUGGGGGUUUAUGCCUUGGGAUUAAAAUUUACAAAUUUUUCCUUACCUGAAUCGAAAACGAUGAACCAUAUUUUUUCCUUCAAUGAAAAUACAAUCAAUUCUAUGGCAAAAGAUGAUGAUAAGAAAUAUUUGAUUCAAAAACACAAUAGAAAAUAUUUAAUGAGAGUGUAUCCAUCAGGUAUGAGAUAUAAUUCUACUAAUUUCAAUCCAAUCAAGUUUUGGGAUCUUGGAGCUCAAAUGGUUGCUACAAACUGGCAAACUUAUGACUUAGGACAACAAUUGAAUGAAGCCAUGUUCAACUUUGGUGCAAAGAGCGGAUACGUUUUGAAACCUACAAGAUUUCGAAACACUAAUCAAAAUCUAAAAUUCAAACUUUUGAGACCUGGUGAUAAUUUCAUCAAUUUUUCCAUUGAUGUAUUGUCUGGUCAAUUAUUACCAAGACCUACUGAGUUGAGAAGUGAUGAAAGCUUGAAUCCAUAUGUUGUUUUUGAGCUGAUUGAUCCAACGUUGGUGAGUAGCUUGAAAAUUACAGAUUUGGAUACGGAAGCAGAAGUGACAUCAUCAAGUGGCUGCUAUCCCACAAAAUCAAUCACAUCUAAUGGGUUCAAUCCAAUAUGGAAUACCAGAUUUGAGGCCAAAAUCAAAGAUCGCAAUGAAUUGAAUUUCAUAAGAUUGUUAGUAAAGACAGGUGAUACACCGUUUGCUGUUUAUUGUUGCAAGUUAAACAAUUUGAAUCAAGGUUAUAGACAGAUCCCCCUUUAUGAUUUACAAGGCGAAGAGUAUAUUUUUUCUACUCUUUUUGUACGCAUAAGUUAUGAGUCAUGUUGAUGUUUUGUUGUAUUAUGAUAAUGACGUGUUAUAUAAUGUAUAUAGUUAAUUAAUGAUAGUGUUUACUACAUCUGUAUAGUAA